ACCGUCACACCGGGGACACCAGGAAGUUUUACCGGGAGCCUCUGAAGCACGUCCCCCAGUCUGUUUUUCAGUAUGACAGGUUUGUGAAACAUGGACAUUGACGAUUACCAUGAGCAGCUCCAGAGGGACGCCCACUUCCUGUGCUCGGAUCAGAGGAUGGACACUGAACUGAUGGACAUAUUGGUGCUGCAGCUAAACAGGAUCUACCCCCAGAUACUCAGUGACAAGGAAGCCCACGGGUUCAGGAAGCUGAGCGUUCCCACCAAGGUGAGGUUAGCCGAGUUGUUGAAGCACCUGCACAGGAAGGGCGAGGAGGCAUGUCAUGAAUUCUACAGAGGACUUCACAUCCACGCUGAGGACGUCUACUCCAGCCUGCCCACCAGAGUCAUACAGAAAGAAACGUCUGAUGCUAAAUGGUCUAACACCAUGGCGAUCCACCAAGAGCGAUAUGUGCUGAAUGACAGAGUAAUCUCUGAACAAAUCACUUGCUUCGGCUGGAUUGUGGCCACCAGCGAACGGGUUGCUUCAUAA